AUGCAGAAUGAAUAUAAAUUGAAUUUGGGGACACAAGAAACUGUGUGCUAUGAAUGCUUGUUUGAAAUUCCGUCAAGAAGCAUUCCUCUGGCUGACAGCUGCAGCGUCGAGAAGCUCAGCAAGCCUUGGGUUGAGCCGCCCAGUUCAGGAGCGAAACCAGCGCAUGAAGAGGGGGCCGGGGAGAGGAGGUUGAACCUUGCGAAGAGAGUGCAGGAGUCUGUGUGCAGAUCUCUCAGCGUCGAGGGAGGAAACGUCUCUAGAAGGGAGCUGCAGCAGCGAGGAUGGAGCCCUCAGCUGCUGAAACGUCUGUUCAAGAAGAAAGAAGAGAUUCCCCUGGGGGAGGUCGAGCAAGGGCUGUCCUUGCUCUGGGCCAGUCAUGCGCCCGUGGACUCGUUGCUGGGCCUGUUCGACAGGACGUGUGAGAUACACAAGCAUCGCAACGCGUACGGCUACUGGAUCGUCGACUCGCUGUAUCCCCUGGGAGCCUGGAAGUACGUCACCUUCAACCAGGUCAGGUACCUGGCGACAGAUGUCAGGGACCUGAUGUAUGAGAUGGGAGUGAGGAGGGGAGACCGCGUAUCGAUCAUCUCCAGGAACUGCGCGGAGUGGGUUGCGAUCUGUGUUGCCGCCUUCUCCCUGAGAGCGACGGUGGUACCGCUGCACGAGUCCCAGCAUGAGGAGGACUGGCUGGCAGCGAUUUCCGACUCUCGGUCCAAGGUUGUGUUUGUCGGGAACGAGGACUUGUAUGAGAAGGUGAAGGGGAUGAAGGAGAGGAGCAAGACGGACGUGGAGGAGAUCAUCUGCAUCGACGGGGUGACAGGCUUCCUGCGGCACAAGGAGUAUGCCUUCACUCACCGUCUGAAGAAGAUCCGGGAUGUAAGGAACAGGGUCUUCUCGCCCGUGGAGAGAUGCGAACCUGAUGACGUGGCGUUCCUCCUCUACCAGCAUGCGUCUGACGGAGCUCUUCGCCCCCUGCCCCUCUCCCAUGCUCAAGUCGUCUGCUCAGUGCUGGAGCGCAGCCUGUCCUGCUCGUUCUCGCGCUCCGAGGUCUCGAUGAGCUUCCUGUCAUGGUCAGAGCCUGCUGGACUCGUCCUCGAGCUGUUCUGCAUGAUGGAGAGUGGGGGAGCGAUUGCUAUGAGCGAGGGCAGAACGAAGUUUCGGUACAACUGCCAGGAGGUGAAGCCGUCUGUGAUGUUCACCAGGGGAGAUUGUCUUGAAAUCAUACAUGAAUCGGUUAUGAGAGAUUCGGAAGAGUUGGUCUAUAAGUUUACAGUUCCCUGGGCACUGGAAGCCUACGAACGAGAAAUGAGGGGGACUCCAAACUUUGUUCAUCGCAUCUACCAGCGCCUCCUACAGAGAUUUGUCUGCAGACCUCUCAGGAAACUUCUAGGGAAGAAGCUCACGAGAAUUUACUGUGUGGGAGAUAUCAGUUCAAGGUCAAAGAUCAUGAUGGAGGCGCUGGGAGUUCAGAUCGUGAUCGUUAAGUCCUCUACCGUGCUCCCCAUCCCCUUCCUGGCCAAGUCUCUUCCUCAAGUUGACGUCUUCCACCCGCUCGCUGGCGUCGAGCUCCUGUCCGAUCAUGCGGUCAGAUUGCUCGGGAACGUAGACAGUGAGUUCUCCCUCAAGGGAGGUCCGGCGGUCAACCCUGAGCAUAUCGAAUCUCAUCUCAAGUCCAAGGAUCUCAUCAGACAUGCUUUCGUUUACGGAGAAGACCAGGAAUUUUGUGUCGCCCUUAUUGUCCCAGAGUUCGUCCUGCUCCAAGAGACGCUUGCUCAUCGGCUGGGGGAUGAAAGGGAAUAUUCCUCCUUCCAGCUCAUUGCUGAUGACUCUCUGAGAGCUCUUGUCACCAAGGAGAUCGAGGAUUGUCUCGGCAGCUUGCAGUCGAUCGUGAAAGAUCAGCGGGCCAUCCCCAAGAAGUUUGUCGUCCUUGACAGACCGUUCUCAAUCGAGUCUGCUCGUCUGCUCUAG